CUCCCGGUCCGGCCAGGGUCUCCUAUGCUCCGCAGACCCCGUGGGCCUCCCAUCCAUAACCACGCUCCUCCCUCCGCCGCUCCCACAGGCGAAUACUUUCCAGGCAGUGCUGGCUUCGGGGGCCAACGCCUCUUACGUUCUUCUGCUUUAUGGCGACAUCCAGUGGACGACAGGCAUGGCCAGCGGAGGGGCCCCCAGCAGUGGCCUGGGAGGCACCCCAGCACAGGUGGAGGCCAAGGGAUGGAGUAGGGGGGCCUGGGUCCUCCGAAAGGCAUUCGCCCCCCAACCAAAGGCUUCCAGAGGGGUGAUGGCCUUUAGGGGGGAAGCAUGCAGUCCCCACUCAUUCCCUCCCCGGGCUCUCUUCCCCCAGGCUGGUAUCAACAGUGGCACCGCCCAGGACUAUUUCAACAUCCCGGGUUCUAGGACUCCUGCCAUCAUCCGUGUAGCCUCCACCAGCAACAUGGGGAUGCCAGGGCUGUGGGCUUUCCGAACAGACGAGUUCUCGGUCCCUGGUGGCUGCAUCUACAAGGCCCAAUUCCUGCCCAUGGGUGCCACCUUCUGGAACAGCAGUAGCUGCGGACACCGGUGCCAAUGCCUGACUGACCAGAGAGUUCAGUGUUGGCCCGAACCGUGCCUGGCGGAGCAGCGGUGCCGCACCUCCUACCCCUUUGCCUACUGCCAAGCCCAGCGGGGCCCCUCUUGCCAGCUGGGGCCUGAUGGGCACCUACGGACGUUCUCUGGCCGUCUGCUCCGCCUCCGCUCCUGUGCGUACAUCCUGGCUCAGGCCCCUGGCAACAGGACUGGCUUCCAAGUCAAGGUGGAGAGUCGGGGGACAGGCCAGGCGCCGGGGUUCCAGCUGAGGCUCCUGGCUCACGGCCAGGAGGUCGUGGUACCGAAUGGCACCGUGGGUCACGUGCUGGUAAAUGGCCUCCGGCUCCCGAUGCCCGUUCAGCUUCUGCAGGGGAGCCUCAGGGCCCACGCCGGGGCUUCUGUGGCCUACCUCACCACCGACUUUGGCCUGGAGCUGUGGAUGCAGGAGGAGCACGUGGAGCUGGCUGUGCCGGCCAGCCUGGGGAGCGCCACCCGGGGCCUCUGCGGGGCCGAAGCCCUGACCCCCUCGGGGGCCCUGCAGCGGGAGCCCACUCUUUUGGUUUCCAGCUGGCAAGCGGCCGGGCCGUGCGGACGCGAACCCCCACGCUGCCCCCCAGACCGGGUGGGCUUGUACACGGGCCGUGAGGCUUGCGGCUUCCUCGAGGCCUCUCCGGGGCCCUUCGCGGCCUGUGCGCAGGUCCUGUCCCCCAGGCCUUUUGUCCAAAGCUGUGCCGAGGAGCUGUGCACGGCCGAGGGAGCCCCCCGCGUCCUCUGCCGGGCCCUGGCUGCUUACGCUCGGAGCUGUCAGGCUGCCAACCUCACCGUGGGCACCUGGAGGAGCCAAGCCUUCUGUGCCCCCUCCUGCCCAGAGAACAGCCACUACGAGGCCUGCACCAGCCCCUGCGGGGCCAGCUGCGCGGAUUCCUUGGCUCCGCUCUUCUGCAAGGGGCCGUGCCGGGAGGGAUGCGCCUGCGACGCCGGGCACCUGCUCAGCGCCGGGGCCUGCGUCCCCCAGGCUCGCUGCGGCUGCUCUCUGCAGGGCCGCUACGUCCCCCUGGGGGCCCACGUGCUCCGGGCCGGCUGCGGGCAGAGAUGCGCCUGCGAGGGCCCAGGGCAGCCCGUGCGCUGCUCCCCGCACGCUUGCCAGGCCGGAGACGAGUGCAAGAUGCAGGACGGGGCGUGGGGCUGCCUCCGGGGGGGCGACGGCAGCCUCUGGGUGUCGGGCGACCCUCAUUACCGGACCUUCGACGGCGUGGCCUUCACGGCCCGGGGCGCGUGCCGCUACACGCUGACCCGGAGCUGCAGGGCCCGGCCGUGGCCCCCCGCCUUUGCCGUGCACAUACACAACGAGCACCUCAGCUCCAUCGCCGGGGCCUGGACCAGGCACGUGGAGGUGGACAUGUACGGCCUGAAGAUCGUGAUGGCGGCCAAAGUCCCGGGCAAGGUCCAGGUGAACGGGCUCUGGAGGAAUCUCCCGCUGUACCUGGCCCACAAUCUCGUUCACGCCUACUUCAGCGGCUCGGCCGCGGUGCUGCACACGGACGCCCUCGUCCUGGUCUCCUACGACUGGCAACACUCCGUGUCUGUCACGGUGCCCGAGGCCUACGCGGGCUCCUUGUGCGGCCUGGGCGGGAACUUCAACGGCAACCCCAGAGACGACUUCCGAGGCCCCAACGGCACGGUCCUUGGGGACGCGCACGCCUUCAUCGACAGCUGGAGGGACCCGGGCUCCCCCGUGCACUGCUCCGCCGUGGGCCCGGCGCCCCGCUGCGCCCCCGAGAGGAGGGCCCUCUACGGGUCCCAGACGUUCUGCGGCCUGCUUGGGCUUCCAAAUGGGCCCUUUCGUGCCUGCAGCACGGAGGACGAUGUCCAGAUUCACGUGGAGAACUGCGUCCACGACGUGUGCGCCGCGACGCCCCUGUGUGACGUGCUGCGCAGCUACGCCCAGCAGUGCCAGCUCCUCAAGCGCUCUCUCGGGCCCUGGAGGCAUCUGGCCGGCUGCGUGAUGACCUGUCCCCGCCACAGCCACUAUGAGCUCUGUGGCUCCUCUUGCCCCAACUCCUGUGCUGAGCCUAAUCUGACUGCCAGCUGCCAGACCCCGUGCCAAGAGGGCUGCCAGUGUGACCAGGGCUUUGUGCUGAGUGGCACCGACUGUGUGCUUCCAGCCCAGUGUGGCUGCACCUCGGGUGGCAGAUACUACCUGGCUGGAGAGACCUUCUGGGAAGGGGAGGCCUGCCAGCGUUUCUGCCGCUGCGAUGCCUCCACCCAAGCUGUGCGCUGCUCCCACUCCUCUUGUGGGCCCGGGCAGAGAUGCGGGACUCGGAAGGGCAUCUUUGGCUGCCACCCGCUUGUCCCCCGCACCUGCCAGAUAGUAGGACAAUCACAGUACGUGGCCUUUGACGGGACGACCUAUGCCUUCCCGGGCGCCUGCAGAUACGUCUUCUCCGAGUCGUGCGCUUCCCUGGAGUCCCUGCCCUCCUUCAGGGUGGAAGUCAAGAAGGAGAGCGCCUUAAGUACCCCCACAUCUGUGAUCUCGGAGGUGUUUGUCUCAGUCAACGGGACCCAGAUCCAUCUGCACAGAAAAAGCCCAGGCUUGGUUGAGGUAAGUCCACGUAUAAGCAUCCUCCAUGGACUUAGACUGGCCACUCUCUGCUUUCAUUAUCGCAGUCCCCUGGCUUGCGUUCUUUUCCCACAGGUGGAUGGAGAGACCCUGCGUCUCCCACUGAGCCUCAAUGCUGGCGGCAUCCUCUUGUAUCCAGACGGAUUCUUCUUGACCCUGUGGACAGAUUUUGGAUUGAUGCUCAGUUCCGACCUGGCCUACAGCCUCUUCCUCUCUCUGCCCCCUCGCUUUGAGGGCAACACCUGUGGACUCUGCGGAAACUUCAGCUGGAAUCCCAAGGAGGAGCCCCGGUUCGGAAAGAGCUCCCCGAAGGCUUCCAAGUGGAACAGCAAAGACUGUGAACAUCCUUGCGCUCAUGGCGGCUGCCCAGCCUGCCAGGACCACAAGGCACUUAUUCAGGGAAAGGCCCAGUGCUGGAUCCUGCAGGACCCCAAGGGACCCUUCGCUGCCUGCCACGAAGAGAUCGACCCAGAACCUUAUGUGGGCAGCUGUAUAGAGGACGUGUGCCGGUCCAAGGGCAGCCGCACCGUCCUCUGCCUCUCCGUCCAGACGUACACUGCAGCCUGCCAGAGAGCCAACAUCACCGUGGGCCGCUGGAGGAACGGCUCCUUCUGUGCCUUUGCCUGUCCAACACACAGCAACUAUCACCUCUGCCGAGACCCACACAAGGUCCAGUUCUGUGCCAAGAUUUCUCUGCCGACUCCUGGCAGCCCAGUGUGCUCUGAGGGCUGUUCCUGUCUUGAUGGUUACCUGUGGAAUGGGGAUAGGUGUGUUCUCCCGAAUCAGUGUGGCUGCGAGCAUGAAGGACGCUACUACAAGGUUGGAGAGUUGGUCUGGCUUUCUCAUUGUACCCAUCGAUGCAGCUGUGAUGCUCCUGGGCAAUUCCAGUGUGCUCCAGCCCAGUGUCCUGAAGGGGAGUUUUGUGCCCUGCAGGCUGGGCGGCUGAGGUGUCAGACCCCCAUGGGCACCUGCACAGCCACUGGGGAUCCUCACUACUUCACAUUUGAUGGAGAGGUUGCUCACUUCCAAGGCACCUGUGCCUAUCGAUUGACCCACACGUGUAAUGAGACCUCUUCUCCUGGGGGACUUUCCUUCCAAGUGGAGGCCACCAACAGAAACUUCCAUAGCCGUAAAGUUUCCUUCGUGACCCAUGUGGAGGUGCGGCUCAGUAACAAAGAUUUCAGGGCCCGUGUGGUCUUCGAUCGAGGCCAGCCAGUCAAGGUGAAUGGGCACACAGUCAACCUGCCAAUACAGCUGGGGAGCCAGGCAUGGAUGUGGAAGGAACAUGGCCUGUUGAUGCUCAAAGUAGGAAACGAAUUGGAAGUCCGGUACAAUGGACGAAACACCCUGUUUGUGAGAGUGGGUCGAGUAUACAGGGGCCAUCUGUGCGGCAUGUGUGGCAACUUCAAUGGUGACAAGAAAGACGACAAGCUCCUCCCUAGUGGGAGAACAGCUUCCAAUGAUUCUGACUUUGGAAAUGCCUGGAAGGCGGAUGGCAGCCCAGAUGGCUGCCGGAAAGACAUCCGUGGAGCAGAAUCCUGUCGUGACAGGCACAGGGUGGACCAGCUCUGUGCUGUUCUCUCCAACCGCUCAGGACCCUUUGCUGAAUGCCACUGGCAUGAGAAUCCUGACCCCCAUGUCCAGACCUGUGUGUAUGACCUGUGCCAAUAUGGAAUGGGCAAUCAAAUGCUGUGUGCUGCCCUGGAGGCCUAUGCUGAGCUCUGUGCCCUGCAUAGGGUGAGCCUGCCUGAUUGGAGAAAAAGCCUAGGAUGCAAUGUUUCUUGCCCAGCCAAUAGCUAUUAUGACUUCUGUGGUACCCCCUGCCAAGUCACCUGUGCCAACCUCAAUACCAGCAUCACGUGUACCCGUCCAUGCAUAGCAGGCUGUUUUUGCCAGGACGGAUAUGUUCUAGAGAAUGAAGUCUGCAUCCCCCGGAAUAGUUGUGGAUGUUCUCUGAAUGGACAAUACUACCCCUUGAAGACUGAGUUUCUCAUAGACUCAUGCAGGCAGAAGUGCACGUGUCCGGGUCCAGGACUGACCAUGGAGUGCCACCCCCAUGCCUGUGGGUACAGAAAAGUGUGCCGUCUACUUAAAGGGGUGUGGGGCUGCCACCCUAUGAAGUUUGCGACCAUGUGGCUCUACGGGGACCCCCACCUCCACACUUUUGAUGGGGCUGCUUUCAGUUUCCGGGGAGCCUGUCACGUUGCCCUGGUCCAAACCUGUGGCUCCCACUCCACUCCCUUUGCCAUAUGGCUAAAGGCUGAGCAUCAGUUCUCCACUGUGGCCUCAUGGGCCAAGCAGGUUGAUGUGGAUAUAGGAGGAGAGAGGUUCUCCCUUCUGGCUGGACAACACGAGACGAUCCAGGUGAAUGGAUCUCAGACGAAUCUGCCUCUGGUGCUGCCUGGUGGGAAACUCCAUGCCUUUUCGAGUCCUUCUGGGGUUGUGCUCCAGUUUCACUUUGGCCUCUCUGUUGCCUUUGAUGAGUUUCGCUCCCUGUGGGUAUCCGUUCCUGAGACUUAUGCUGGUGCCCUCUGUGGUUUGGGUGGGGAUUUCAAUGGGAAUCCCACGGAUGACUUCCGGGGCCCUGAUGGAACACUGAUCCCUGAUACGGACACAUUUGCCAACAGCUGGAGGGACCCGGGAUUUACUAAUCACUGCUCUGUGCUGGGCUCCACUCUGCAGUGCCCACCAGAGAAAGAAGCCCAAUACAGGUCCCAGACUUCCUGUGGCCUGCUUAAAGCCCAGGAUGGGCCAUUCUCUGCGUGUCACAAGGGGCCUGAUGCCCAGAUCCACAUAGAGAACUGCAUUCAUGAUGUCUGUGCCAGCAAUGGUUCCCUGGAGAUCCUAUGUGAUGUGCUGGGAAGCUAUGCCCAGCAGUGCCAGAGAAGUGGGCUCUCGAUCCAGCCCUGGAGGCAUCUGGUGGGAUGUGUGAUGACCUGUCCCCGCCACAGCCACUAUGAGCUCUGUGGCUCCUCUUGCCCCAACUCCUGUGCUGAGCCUAAUCUGACUGCCAGCUGCCAGACCCCGUGCCAAGAGGGCUGCCAGUGUGACCGGGGCUUUGUGCUGAGUGGCACCGACUGUGUGCUUCCAGCCCAGUGUGGCUGCACCUCGGGUGGCAGAUACUACCUGGCUGGAGAGACCUUCUGGGAAGGGGAGGCCUGCCAGCGUUUCUGCCGCUGCGAUGCCUCCACCCAAGCUGUGCGCUGCUCCCACUCCUCUUGUGGGCCCGGGCAGAGAUGCGGGACUCGGAAGGGCAUCUUUGGCUGCCACCCGCUUGUCCCCCGCACCUGCCAGAUAGUAGGACAAUCACAGUACAUGGCCUUUGACGGGACGACCUAUGCCUUCCCGGGCGCCUGCAGAUACGUCUUCUCUGAGUCGUGCGCUUCCCUGGAGUCCCUGCCCUCCUUCAGGGUGGAAGUCAAGAAGGAGAGCGCCUUAAGUACCCCCACAUCUGUGAUCUCGGAGGUGUUUGUCUCAGUCAACGGGACCCAGAUCCAUCUUCAGAAAGGAAAUCCAGGGCUAGUUCAGGUUAAUGGGGCUGCUUUCACCCUGCCACUGAGCCUCAAUAUGGGCGACGUUCUCCUGUACCAGGAUGGGUUCCACUUAACGCUGCAGACAGACUUUGGGCUGAUGCUCACUUCUGACCUGGCCUACAGCCUCUUCCUUACCCUGUCCCCAAAUUACCUGGGUCACACUUGUGGGCUCUGCGGGAACUUCAAUGGGGAUGCUCAUGAUGACUUCUGGCCCUUUCGAGGUUCCCACACGGGGAACCCAGCGACUUACUCUGCCUCUAAAUGGAAGCCCGACGCUGAUUGUAAAGACAGUUGUGCCGGCAGCUGUCCAGCAUGCAUGGCACCGGAACGGCUGGUGCCAGCCAAGGCCCAGUGCUGGAUCCUCCAGGACCCCCGGGGGCCCUUCUCCUCCUGUCACAUGGAGGUUGACCCAGAGCCCUUUGCCUCUGCCUGUGCCAAUGACCUCUGCCUCUCCACGGGGAACAACCGUGUCUUGUGCCUUUCCAUCCAGACUUAUGCUGCUGCCUGUCAGCGAGCAAACGUCACCAUCAGAGCCUGGAGGAGCUCCUCCUUCUGUGCUCCCCGAUGUCCCCACCACAGCCACUACGAACUCUGUGCCUGCCCUCGCCACCGCUCAUGCCCUGGCUCUGAGCUUAAAUGCGGGCUCCUGUGUGCUGAGGGCUGCGUCUGUGAUGAUGGGCACCUGCCCCAGGGUAACGGCUGCAUCCCAGCCCCAGAGCAUGGCUGUGGCCACCAAGGUCGGCAUUGCCUCGUGAGUCUCUGGGAAAGGAGCAGCCCAGCACCCCCAAACUGGGCUGCCUCAUGCACCAGAACUAUUAAACACAGAUCAGAGCUUCAGAGCUAAACACAGGCUCGGUCCAUCUCCAUUUUAAAGAGAGGAAGACUGAGGCUAAGAGGUGAAGUCUCUCUCUGCAGGUCACAAAAGUGGCUAAGUAACAGGGCUGGCGUUCCAGCAAGGGCCCUGUGACCCCACCCUACCACACUUCUCCCCAGUCUCUAGGCUGUCUAGCAGGGCAUUCAUACUCAGAAUCCAAGCAGCCAGGCCUUGCCACCCUCAAAAGUCUUUAUUAUGCACCACCCGGUGCCCCUGGCUGUUUGCCAGGCAGGCCUGACUGACUCCCGUCUCUGUCCUCUCUGAAUAGGCUCCGGGUAGAGGCCGGCUCUUUCCUUAACCCCAGAUGCCACCGCAGAACUAGCCAGACAAGUUCUCCUGUCCUCCCUUAGCCCCAGCCCUCAACAGGCCAGGACCUCCUUGCUUGGGGGGAACCAUCUGUCUGGAGGAGAAGCCUCGAAACAGGGCUCUCAUUGAGUUAUCUCUUACAACCAACCACUAUGAAGGCAAGCAGGGCUGGUCCUCCUUACCCCAUCUGACCCAUGAGGACCAAGCUCAGAGAAAGGUCCAUCAUCUGUCUAGCUUGAGAGCAACAGAGCCAAACCUGGCAUCACAUCGUCUGCGCCCCCUCCUGCACCGUUUGCUCCUUCCCUUUGGGCUGCCACUUCCCUUUCUUCCUAUAGGAGCUGAGCCCCGGGGAUGCUGCUGAGCUGCUGUGGAGACCUCGGAGUAGCCAUAUCUGUCUAUGGAGGAACCGCACAGACCAGAUCUGAACCCAGUCCAUCCAGAGCUCAGAAAAUGGGAACCUGACAGCAUCCUCCACCCAGCAUCCCCCAACCAAACCUCUCCUACAAUUCAACUGAGUCAUGCUGGAAACCUGAGCCCAAGCAUCUUCCCAGGCCAGACAUCUGGCCAUCACCCAAAGGCUAAGAGGGAAGAGCUGUUGGUUAGAUAGCUCUUUUGGCUCCCAAAGGCUUGGGGGGGUGGGGAAUCGGAGAAUAAAAGCAACAGCAGACGCUCA